AUGCUACGAGAGAUUACGAGAUGUGGAUCAAAUGACAAGCGCGAGGUGGUCGAGACCGAGGCAGAAGCCAUUUUUGGGCUCGCAAAGCGCUGCUGUGUUAAUUGUGAUGUGAACCGAUGCAAGCGCGACGAGACUCCAACUGCUUGGCCCGCAAAACGUUGCUGUAUCCUCUGUGAUAAUCCCUAUGCUCGAUGCGGCGCCAAGGAUAAGCGCGAGGCUGUUGAGACUUUGGAGGAAGCUGUUGAGGGUACAAAUUAG